AUAUCUCUACGUCCUGGAACGGUUGGCCGUUGGAGGCAGGGUUGGCGCUGCUGCUGCUGCUGCUGCGCGAGCGGAUACGUGCCGCGGCUCGACCAAUCAGCGUCUAGUAGGAAGCCUCGGCGGCGACCAAUCAGGUGGCUUAUCCUCACCAGAUUGAAGUGGCGCCUUGUUGGAAUCUUCUGAGCGAAGAAAGCGGUGCUGGCUUUGGUACACUGACCCGCAAUGGCUGGCCUCAGUGAGCGAAUACAAGAUAUGGAAAAGGUGAGCAAGGAGCUGCUGAAACUGAUGGCGGAAGGCAAGGCGGUGGAGAAACUGAAGGACAACCUCUCCAAACAGGAGCAGAUGAUUGACAAACUGCUGGAUACUCGGAAGACCACAAAACAGUUGAUCAAAGGUACAAAGCUCUCCUUUCCUGCAGAACUCAUGGCCACUGAGGAGAAGGCAGCCCAGAAACUUUAUGAUAGGGAACAAGAACUGAAGGAGACUCUCCAAAAGCUGCAGAAAAUUGAAGAUGAAUUGCUUCAGGCGAACGAGAAGGAUGCCACACUGAGGAACAGCACCAAUGAACUGAAGAAACAGCUGGAGGCAUUGAGAGAAGAGAUCAGGCAGCAAGAGAGAAAUGCAGCUGAAAAUGUUGACGCGUCUAUGUCAGCUACGUACCUUGUACAUCUUUAUUACCAGAUCUGCCACAUUGACUGGGACUACUCCUGUGAUCCAUCUGUGAUUAAAGGAACCCAUUAUGGACCUGACAUUGCCCAGUCUAUCAACCUUGACAGUACCCAACACUCCCGUUGUUUUAUUAGUGAUCACUUGUGGAAUCUGGUGAAUACGUCCUGGUGAAUGAAGUGCUCCCUGGGAAACAUAAGCAGACGUGUGGUGGAUGUUCCUAGAGACAGUGAGACAUUAAGUACUAGCCUUUUAUUUCUCUAUUGCUUCUGUAUUCUAGAAAGGUUUAUUUGAAUAAAUACAAUGAAACCAUUUUUA